UAUGAUUAGCUAGUUUCUAAAUCAUAGCAUGAUUGGUGGGAGUGUAAUGAACCGCUGAUCUGUACCUUAAGUCAUCCUUGCGGGGGUUGUCGGAACUGGAUGCGCAGUCGCACUAAGGACAGAUGUGCUCUGAGGCAUGCCCCGUAACAUGUAUGGAGCAGUCUGUCGCGCGAGGAGAAUAAGUUGUACAAAGUCCAUCUUAGACAUGUGUGUCAUGCAAGCUAGCAGCACCCCAUGAGAAACGGGCCGAAGUGUUUAAGUGUUCACCGGAGUUUGCACCCUUGGCAAGCGGAAUGAGUUUUCACGGUGCUCAAUGUCCAGAGAAUGAGCCGUGUGUGGUGAGGAAAUAAAUGGCUGCACCCGUUAGAGACUCUUCUGUCGUUCUUGAUGUCAAGGGCUGCUACAUAAAGUGUAUUAAUAAGUGAACAGUCUAGUAAUUGGUGACUACGUACACGUACACAUAUCUGUGUCUACGUAUGUACUGACGUCGAACGUAUGCUGACGGAGCGUGUUGCGAUGGUAACGGACAACACACCGGACAAGAGCCGUUAAACAGGGUCGAGAUGUCGCAGCUGGAUGUCGACGGUUUUCCAAUUGCGUGGAAAGAUCCAGAGGAUGCAGACACAGUAUCAAUGUUUGAUGUGAUUUACGGCAAAGUGAGAGAGAAGAUCAUCCUGCAGCGGCUGAUAAUGAUUUCUCGGCUCCCCCACGACCUUGCUGAUAGGACAGACCUGGGAGCUCAUUAUGAAAAUCUCAACUUUCAGCUGAACAAACAGUACAUAUGGGAUCACAUAACAGGCCUGCUGCUUAUUUAUCCAUCCUACCUGCUGCACAUCAUUGAAUCGUCCAGGGAUAUUCUGACUUCUGUUUUGAGAGACGUCAAAGUCAUGCAACAACAGCCACACCGCACCUUGCUGGAAGUAAAGAUUUUGUUUUUGGAUCACAACCCUCAAAGAAGGCUGUUCCAGCAGUGGAGCUACAAGGUGCUGGGUGCAGAUCAGGUGAUCAGGGAUCCUGCAGUUAAGGUACUGGAGGAUGAAGAUGUCAGCAUAGAGACCCUUGUAUGCAGCGUCCUGUCAACGCUGCAAAAUCUGAGCAAAAAGCUUGAAAAAUCUAAGGCUCUUCCUGGGUCAGUGUUGGAUGAGACGCCGGAGCUGAUCGUCCAUCAGAAAAUUCUGGAAAGGCUUUUGGGUCGAGAGGAACUCCUGAGGCCGCAGCAGUACUUAGAUAUGUACAAAUCCACCUUAAACAUCAGUAUGGAGUUUGGACAACUGAAUCCAAGAAACCUUUUCUCUGCUGUUUAACCUCCUGAACAAAAUGUCAAAGGCCACAUAUUUUACAUCCUGGACAUCUUAAAGAACUCAGUGACUCACUUCCAUUUCACCAAGCUGAUGAUUUGUUUGUUUAUUUAUCCAGAUUUGAAACAAAUGCCUUUGUUUGUACUAAAUCCAGCACCAGCAACUUUAUACAGAAUCAGAGGCUGACUUUUUCCCUGUAGACUGUUUUUUGUUCCUACACUGAAAAUAUUUGCUGCACUUGCUGUUCACUUAUUCUAAUGAUACUUGUGGUCGUCAGACAUCCUCUGCCUUUCCUGUCUUUUAGGAUAAAUAGUACGUGUCCAAAAGAUCCAUUCACUCUUUGCUUCCCUUUUAUUGUCUGUGUAGCUAGCCAUGUAUUGCGAUCUAAUAGAGUUUGUUUGUUUUCCCAUUCUAAA